AUGGCCGACAAAGUCCUGAAGGAGAAGAGAAAGCUGUUUGUCCAUUCAGUGGGCAUGGGUACAAUAAAUGGCUUGCUGGAUGAACUAUUAGAGAAAAGAGUGCUGAACCAGGAGGAGAUGGAGAAAGUAAGAGAUGAAAAUGCUACAGUUAUGGAUAAGGCCCGUGCUUUGAUAGACUCUGUUAUUCGGAAAGGGCCCCAGGCAUGCCAAAUUUGCAUCAGUCAUAUUAGUGAAGACGACUCCCUCCUUGCAGGAACACUAGGGCUCUCCUCAGGUAAGGGUCAAUGA